CCUCGGCCCGCCUCCAUGACUUCCAGUGAGAUCGAGAUGCCCGGCGAGGUGAAGGCCGACCCCGCCGCCCUCAUGGCGUCCCUGCACCUCCUGCCGUCGCCCACGCCCAACCUCGAGAUCAAGUACACCAAGAUUUUUAUUAACAACGAGUGGCAGAACUCGGAGAGCGGAAGAGUGUUCCCUGUCUGUAAUCCAGCCACAGGAGAACAGGUGUGUGAAGUUCAAGAAGCAGACAAGGCAGAUAUAGACAAAGCAGUGCAGGCAGCCCGCCUGGCUUUCUCUCUUGGUUCAGUGUGGAGAAGGAUGGAUGCUUCAGAAAGAGGACGUCUGUUGGAUAAGCUUGCAGACUUGGUGGAACGAGACAGGGCAAUCCUUGCAACCAUGGAAUCCCUAAAUGGCGGCAAACCGUUCCUGCAAGCGUUUUACGUCGAUUUGCAAGGAGUCAUCAAAACCCUUCGGUAUUAUGCAGGCUGGGCUGAUAAAAUUCAUGGGAUGACCAUUCCUGUAGGUCCUCUCACCAGUACUCUGUUUAGGUGUCUGGGAACUGUAUCUGGAGAAGCCGUUUGCCAAGUGAUAGCUAUUCCACCAGUUUUCAUACACAAUGGAGACUAUUUUACCUUUACGAGACACGAACCCAUUGGAGUGUGUGGACAGAUCAUCCCGUGGAACUUCCCGCUGCUGAUGUUUGCCUGGAAAAUCGCUCCAGCUCUGUGUUGUGGCAAUACAGUAGUUAUUAAACCAGCAGAACAAACACCACUCAGUGCGCUCUACAUGGGAGCCCUCAUCAAGGAGGCUGGCUUUCCACCGGGAGUCAUCAAUAUUUUGCCAGGAUACGGGCCAACGGCCGGGGCAGCAAUAGCUUCUCAUGUUGGCAUAGACAAGAUUGCGUUCACAGGGUCUACUGAGGUUGGAAAGCUUAUCCAAGAAGCAGCUGGAAGAAGUAAUUUGAAGCGAGUAACUCUGGAACUUGGAGGGAAAAGUCCCAAUAUUAUUUUUGCAGAUGCUGAUUUGGACUAUGCUGUGGAGCAGGCUCACCAGGGCGUGUUCUUCAACCAAGGCCAGUGCUGCACUGCAGGGUCUCGCAUCUUUGUGGAGGAGUCCAUCUAUGAAGAGUUUGUGAGAAAGAGCGUGGAGCGGGCCAAGAGGCGCGUAGUGGGGAGUCCCUUCGACCCCACCACCGAGCAGGGACCCCAGAUUGAUAAGAAACAGUACAACAAGAUCCUGGAACUCAUCCAGAGCGGUGUGGCCGAGGGCGCCAAACUGGAGUGUGGAGGCAAAGGGCUGGGCCGAAAGGGAUUUUUCAUCGAGCCCACGGUGUUUUCCAACGUGACCGACGACAUGCGGAUUGCCAAGGAGGAGAUCUUUGGCCCCGUUCAGGAAAUUUUGAGGUUUAAGACUAUGGAUGAAGUUAUCGAAAGAGCCAAUAACUCAGACUUUGGACUUGUAGCAGCUGUCUUUACUAACGACAUCAACAAAGCCCUCACGGUGUCUUCUGCAAUGCAAGCUGGGACUGUUUGGAUCAAUUGUUACAAUGCCUUAAAUGCCCAGAGCCCCUUUGGGGGAUUCAAGAUGUCUGGAAAUGGGAGAGAAAUGGGAGAAUUUGGUUUGCGAGAGUACUCUGAAGUUAAGACUGUGACAGUAAAGAUCCCCCAGAAGAACUCUUAAGAUGGCCAAGAAGGAAGGUGAAGGCCAGCCUGCACGACUCUCCCCCUCUGCUUUCCCUGUGGGGCCCAGAUCUCAGGAAUCCAAACUUGAUAUUCAGUCCUUAUUUAACGACUUAAAUGACAAAAUGUAGGCCAGUCCGUUCGCUGCAUACUGAAAGCAAACCGGCUGGGUGUGGUUCCUCGGCAGUCUGUGAGGGUCACCUUAACGACACCAAAUAUUGGGGAAGGUGGGAUAAAGGCACGAGGAGUAGCCGUGGGGCACAGCGGGGUUUCUUGCUGGGGCGAGGGGCUGAGUGAGGGAGCUGUACUGUUUGAUGCCUUCUGUCACAAACGACUUUGCUGGUGAGCAAAGGUAGCCUUUCCAUUGUCUUCAUUUCCCCCUUCCAGGCUCUCCCUGCUCACGCACCCCUCCCGCUCCUCCAAGGGGAUCUCAGCUGAGCUCAUUUGGGGCAGAUGUUUGGGCCGGGAACAAUUUUCCAAGGUUUUGCAGCCAAAUUACCGUUUCAUGUUAUCCAUUUCUUCAAAGCAAAACAUGAAAUGGUUUUAGUUAGAGCCAGACCAGACUGAAAAAUGCCAGGAGCUGGUACCCUGCAGAUGUACUAAGGAGAAAGAACUGGGGAUAUUCCUGACCCAGUCUGGCUUUCUUACAUCCACGAACAACAUGUGUGAGAGAUGGGGAGAUGCAGCUCCAGAGAGCAUUGUGUGUAGUUCACAGCCUCGGAACUCCCUGCGUGGUGAGGGUGUGUGAGAGACAGAGGUGUGUGUGCGCACGUGCACACACACGUGCACACAUCUGUGCAUUUGAUUCCUUCUUGAUUAUUCUGGAAUAGGUCAGGGGGUGGGUUGUUUUUCAUAGAUCGAUAAAAUCUUUUCCAAAGCUUGUCUUUAAAAUCAACCAAAAAGUGAUCUGAGCAGGUUUGAGAAUUUGGAAAAAGGUAAUGCUGGGUGCUUUGUAGAAAUAACUCCCUUUCCAGUACUGCUGACAAUUCACAUCAAGUGAAGUAUCUCUGCAGUUGGAAUCUGUAGCUUCUUCUGCUCCCCCCAGUCCCCAGCACGCGCCACCUGCUGGUCCCAGUGCUGUGGGUGUUACUGUGGCCUCCCGUGCCCUCCAUCCACUGGCAGGAACCUUGGAAAAUCUGGCCAGGCCCGGAGGUUUCCUUCUCCAUUCAUAGAGUUCCAGUGUGCUGCGAUUGCCACACUCCACCAGAGCACCACUUGUCACACACGUGGCUCACCCACACACCAUUCUUGCCUCUUGGCCUCCCAAGGGGGAAGCGUGAAGCAGGCCGGCCCCCUUUCCUCCCAGCCGUGUACUCCUCUUCUGCUCCAUUUGACACGGGCAGUGUCAGAUUCCUUUCCUUUUUGCCUCUUUCCAGCUGCUGAAUCCAAUUCAUUCUCUAACCUAGAUGAAGAUCAUUUAUUUAAAAGUACCAAACAUAACCUAGAGUAUAUGAAAUAUGGGCAACACAUAUAUAGCCUUCUGUAUUUAAUGGUUUUCUGCUUUCUAACCAUACCGGUUUUUCUAUUUAUAACCCUUGUCUAUUCAUGAUGUUUUAAAGAAAUCUCUACUUGCUGUUAUUGACAAAGGACAGUGGCCGGAUGCCUUGAGAGAUGCCACAUUUUGAGUUCUUUCGUGUGAAUGUCAUGCUCUCCUCCUGUAGCCUGUGUCCCAGUGAACAUAUCCAUUAACCAGCUAGUUACCUUUGAACUGCAAUAUAGAAUGUGAAAAUGAAGAUUUAUUUCUUUUAAUUUACUUAAAAAGAAACCUCUG